AUGUUCCAAAUUUUUCCAAUAUUAUCAUCAUACCUAUAUUUUCAUCUAAUCAUAAUUCAAUCAAUAAUCCUCCUCAACUGCACCAAAAAAUCUUCACCAUCUCAAAGAAUCGACGAAGCCACCAGUAAAACCGCGAUUUCACCAUCGCCAACACCAUCCACCAUUGAAAAUGUGACGACACCUGCAGAGCAGCCGAAAAAAGAGGCGAAAUUCAAAAAAAUCACGAAGAAAACGGACAGUUUUCCAUCGUCGGAGGACACAAAAACCAAUGAAACUGGCACGAAAAAAUCGUGUGAAUCAACGCCGAAAAGUCGAGAAAACGAAAAGAAAGUGGGAAUAAAAGAGAAAGCGCCGAAAAGUGGAAAUUUUAGUAAACAGAUGAUUGAAAAACAUAAACAGUAUAUGAGAUCGAAAGAGGUGAGGAAUCAUGCGCUGCGUAUUUCGAAACACGCGACGCUUGACCGCAACGCGCCUAACAACAUAUGUUAUUUUCAGCUAACUGACAAAAGUGACGCAAGAUCGAGCAAAUUCCGAAAUAUGGGAUCGAUUCAUAUACCAAAAGAAGCCACGUUGGAAGCGGUGAGUUUUGGGUGAAAUUCCAGCCGAAAUUAGCUGGAAAUCCCAGAAUUUUCAGAUAUUUAGUCGGAAAUUUACACAAUACUUUAUUGUGAUAUUUUUCAUCAAAAAAAAUUUAAGAAAUUUCUGAAACAGUGAAAUUUUUUGAUAUUAAAAAAAGUUGAAAAUUCAGUUUUCUUUUCAAUUUCUUGUUUUUGUCACGUUAUAGCUUUUCUCAGGAAUUUAUUUAGAAACUCGAUUUCUUUAUCUACUAUAUACUAAUUGGAAACAUGCUUUUCGGAAAAUAGUUUGUCCGGGGCCCGUUCUCAGCUUCCACUUCAUAAAAAUUGAUGAUCAAAAAAAGAAAAGAUAGCUUUGCAUGGCACCUCGAGGUAUUUUUCUUGGAUUUUUGAUUAAGAUUCUGUGAGUGCGCGGAGAGUUGAAAGUUUCGAGGAAGUCAGAAAUUUCAAUGUAUUUUUUGAUUUCAAAAUGUUCCACUCACAAUUUCUCUGUCCUCAGAAGGCCGUUUUUCAUGAAACCUUCACCAUUCGAUCCCAAAUUCUUUCCCAUCGAUGCGCUAAUAUUCGAUCUUUCGAAAAGUGCGCAAGUUUUCACGUGAAAAUUCAAAACUUUUUUCAUGAAAAAACGAAUGAUCACGUUUUUAUUCUAAAAAAAUUAAAGGACACGUUCUUAUCUGAUCUUUCUAUUUUCUGAAAAAAAGCCAACAAUUUUUCGGCAUUUCUCGAUGAUAGCUUCUUCCUAAUCGGUUGGGUAAAUUAAUAGAAAACAAAGUGAGUUGAACUACUGUAGAGGUUUUCAUUAGUUAUUUGAAACUUCAGAUGAAAAUGGUUUCCAAUGGAUUGAAGAAGAUGAACUGAAUCGUAUUUUAUCGUGAGUUUCGGUUCAUAUUUAGUCCAGAAAGCAGGGAAGUAAAUAAGUGUCUUCUUCGGAAUAAAAGAGAAGCGCUGUACAGUAAUUGAAUAGGCUGGGCAUGAUGAUAGCAAAUAGAAGGCAAAGAACAUGCUUCAUGCUUCCUUCAAAUAUUCGGUUUUUAAGCUGAUCAUGAGCCGCUUUGGAACCGAACAAAAAAAGUAAAAAAUCAAAGGCGGUCAAGUGGGAAGUUUGAAAGAGGUAAAAUAGCGGAUGAAGGAUUUUUCUGAGAGAACUCUUUCUUGAAGGAGAAAUAGGGGAAAAUAUGAAGUUACUUUUAAAUGAAAGAAGAUGUCUUUUAAUCAAUUUUUCCUUUUACAUCAAAUCUCUAUCUUGAAAUCGGUUUACUAAAAACAUGAAAGAAAUAUGAGUAAUCGAAAGAAAUGUAAUUUUAGGUACUUCAACGGAUUUCUCCUAUUUUCAAAAGAGGAGAACAAUUCUAAAAAAUUGUAAUUCAAAAAACCUAAAUUUGGAUUAUCUGUUGAGGUUCCUGAAAUUCCAUGUCUUUCGAGUACUCAACUUUCUUCCAAUUUUUUAUUAAACGGAUUUCAAGAUAGAGAUAUGACGUGAAAGGAAAAUAAGGGAUGAAACACAUUCUCUUUCAUUUGAAGGUGGAGUCUGAGCAAAAAAUACGAAUUUUUAAAGAGUGUGUUCUAAUUAGUGCGGUCCUCGAAGGAUUUUAUCUUGCACCAUCUCAAACAUUGGUUAAAAAAUUUCAAAGUUCGAAAAAACAGUGAAAUACCGAGUAAAAUGGCUCAAAUGUCCAAAUGUUCAGUAGUUUAGAGGUGUGUUUCUUUAAUGUUUGAGAAGCUUCCAGAAACAUUUUUUUGUACAUUUUUUCACUAAAAAGUUUAGUUUUUCUUGAUUCUCAGAAUUUUUCAGCGAAUUUUGAUGAAAACUUUCAAAAAUUCAAAAUUUCACGCUGCACAAUUUUUUUUUGAAAAAGUUUCCACGCUGCACAGAAAUUUUAGGACUCUCUCUCGCCAGGUGUGUGUGAAAGUUUCAGCGGCUAUUACUUCAAAAUUGAAAUUCUAUUUUCAAAUUUUCUCAAAAGAGUUGAGAGAGGGAUUGUGCGUUUGGCAUUCGCUAAAAGAUUUUUUGCCUCUUUUUGAAAAAGGUGAGGGUGCCGUCUGUGUGAUCAGAAAAAGUAUCUACCACUGUUCUUGAUUUCAUUAAAAGCUUAAUUAUAUAGGAAAAAAACAGAUAAGUGAUCAUGUUGCAUAUUGUUGAUACAUGUUUGUUUUCGGUUUCUCAACCAUCUGUUCAAAAUCUAAAUGAAACACUUUUAGUUUUCCAUUCUUAACAGGACUUCAGACUUGAGAGAACUGUUUAUCGACAGAAUACUGAGCGCGAAGCCGCGACAACCCAGAAGGAGGAGCCGGCGAUAGCCGGCGGAGCCCUUCUGGUUUAAAAAAUUCCAGAUUCUCACCCUACUCAAAAGUUUAUUAAUUCAAGAAUGUGAAUAACAAUUAAUAUCAAUUUUCAUAGUAAAAUUAAUAUUUAUUUCAUAAGAAAAAAAAGUUAAAGAAAUUUUUGAAACAGUGAAAUUUUUCGAUAAUAAAAAAAUUGGAAAUUCAGUUUUUUCAAUUUUUAGUUUUUGCCACGUCAUAGCUCUUCUCAGGAAAUUAUCAAAGCCCAAUAAAUAUUUAUUUCAUCAAAAAAUUUAAAAUUUUUUUGAAACAGUGACCUUUUUUUAUUCAAAUUGCGAUUUCUAGGAAAUUAUUUUCUAGAGGAUUUUUUUUUCGAAAAUUCAGUCUUUUAAUUUCCAAUUUUUGCCACGUCAUAGCUCUUUGGGAAAAUACAGAAGCUCUAAAUUUCGAUUUGAAAAAUUCAAGAUUCUCAGCCUAGCUAAAAUUAUAAUUUUUAUUAAUCGGACAUUGUAGUCGCAAUACAUAUUUAUUUCAUCAAAAAUUUGAGAAAAUUUUGAAACAGUGAAAUUUUUUGAUAAUAAAAAAAUUGGGAAUUCAGUCUUUUUUCAAUUUCUAAUUUUAGCCACGUCAUAGCUUAACUCUGGAAUUUUUUUAGGGACUCGAUUUUUUAUUUUAAAAAAUUCUAGAUUCUCAACCUAGCUAAAAUUAUAAUGUUUUCCAUCAGGCAUCAUAAUAGCAAUACAUUUUUUUCAUCAAAAAUUUGAGAAAAUUUUGAAACAGUGAAAUUUUUUUUAAAUAAAAAAAAGUUGGAAAUUCAGUUUUUUUUUCAAUUUUUGGUUUUUGCCACGUCAUAGCUUUUUUCAGGAAUUUAUUUAGAAACUUGAUUUUUUUAUUUUAAAAAAUUCCAGAUUUUCAGCCUAGCUAAAAUUAUAAUUUUUUCCAUCAGGCAUUAUAAUAGCAAUACAUUUUUUUCAUCAAAAAUUUAGGACAUUUUUGAAACAGUGAAAUUUUUUGGUAAUAAAAAUUGGAAAUUCAGUUGUUUUUCAAUUUCUUGUUUUUUUGCCACGUCAUAGCUCUUCUCAGAAAUUUUUUGUAGGGACUCGAUUUUUUUAUAUUUUUAAAAAUUCCAGAUUUCCAGCCUACUCCAAAGUUUGUUAAUUUGAGAAUGUGCGAAGGCGGUGUAAUAGCAAUACAUUUUUUUCAUCAAAAAUUUAGGACAUUUUUGAAACAGUGAAAUUUUUUGGUAAUAAAAAUUGGAAAUUCAGUUGUUUUUCAAUUUUAGGGCUGCACGAUGGGGCGUGGGGGCGGCCCCCUCGCCCCGCCACGCUUUUGCCCCCUCGCCCUUUGCCCCCUCGCCUCUUUGCCCCCUCGCCCCAUUGCCCCCUCGCCCCGUCGCCCCUUCGCCCCGUCGCCCCCUCGCCCCCGUUUGUAACUGUGUGCGCGCUUCUAUCUUCUUUCAUUUCUUCACCACACACAGUUACAAGCGGGGGCGAGGGGGCGACGGGGCGAAGGGGCGACGGGGCGAGGGGGCAACGGGGCGAGGGGGCAAAGAGGCGAGGGGGCGAAGGGGCGAGGGGGCAAGCGAUUUUUUGCACGGUGUUUCAUCGCGGGGUGCCCCACGUGCAGCCCUAUUCAAUUUCUUGUUUUUUUUGCCACGUCAUAGCUAUUCUCAGGAAUUUCUUUAGGAACUCGAUUAUUCAUUUUAGAAAAUUCCAGAUUUUCAGCCUACUCAAAAGUUUAUUAAUUUUAGUUUGCGAGAACAAUAAAUAUUUUUUUCAUCAAAAAUUUCUUAAAUUUUUGAAACAGUGAAAUUUUUUUAUAUUAAAAAAGUUGGAAAUCCAGUUUUUUUUUCGAUUUCCAAUUUUCGCCACGUCAUAGCUCUUCUCAGAAAUUUCUUAGGAACUCGAUUUUUUAUUUUAAAAAAAAUUUCAGAUUUUCAGCCUACUCAAAAGUUUAUUAAUUUGAGAAUUGAAUGCAAUUAAUAUUUAUUUCAUCAAAAAUUUCUUAAAUUGUUGAAACAGUGAAAUUUUUUGAUAAUAAAAACAUUGGAAAUUCAGUCUUUUUUUCGAUUUCCAAUUUUUGCCACGUCAUAGCCCAUCUCUGGAAUUUUUUUAGGAACUCAAUUUUUUAUUUUAAAAAAUUCUAGAUUUUCAGCCUACUCAAAAGUUUAUUAAUUCGAGAAUUGAGAACCAUUAAUAUUAAUUUCAUCAAAAAAAAAGUUAAAGAAAUUUUUGAAACAGUUACAUUUUUUAUUCAAAUUUUUCUAGGAAAUAAUUUUCUAGAGGUUUUUUUUUAGAAAAUUCAGUCUUUUCAUUUCCAAUUUUUGCCACGUCAUAGCUCUUUGGGAAAAUACAGGAGCUCUAAAUUUCGAUUUGAAAAAUUCCAGAUUUUCAUCGUGAGCCUAGCUAAAAUUAUAAUAGCAAUACAUAUUUUUUUCAUCAAAAAUUCGAGAAAUUUUUGAAACAGUGAAGUUUUUUGAUAAUAAAAAAUUGGAAAUCCAGUUUUUUUUUCAAUUUCUAAUUUUUUCCAUGUCAUAGCUUUUCUCAAAAAUUUUUUUAGGAACUCGAUUUUUUUAUUCAAAAAAAUUUCUAGAUUUCCAGCCUACUCAAAAGUUUGUUAAUUCGAGAAUUGAGUGCAAUCAAUAUUUAUUUCAUCAGAAAUAAAAUUAAAGAAAAUUUUGAAACAGUGACAUUUUUCAGUUCACCCAAAAAUGCGAAAAACCCAACAACAUUGUCCUCAAAAAAGUCUACUUCGACGAAACUUUGAACGAACGAUACAACAUCGGAACCGACAUUGAUGACAUCGAAUUAGAUGACAGCACAGAAGAUCGAGACAAGACAUUGACAAAAACUAUGGCACAAUCAAUGAGAGGGAAUGGAGCAGGAGGGUUGACAACAACAAGUAUAACAACGAGAAAAAAGAAAAAUCAGAAAAAGAAGAAAGCAAAUCUGAAUGUUGACAAAGAAGAACAAUUGGGAAAAACACAAGAGAGUUGGAGGAAAUAA